AUAAAAUGGCUUUUAGAAUUCCAAAAGCGCCGGGUUUUGCACAGAUGAUGAAAGAUGGCGCGAAGCAUUUUCAUGGACUAGAAGAAGCCGUAUAUAGAAAUAUAACUGCUUGCAAAGAAUUAGCAGCAACUACCAAGUCUUCAUUUGGGCCUCAUGGUAUGAAUAAAAUGGUCAUCAAUCACUUAGAAAAACUUUUUGUGACAAAUGAUGCUGCUACUGUAAUUAAAGAAUUAGAAGUUCAACAUCCAGCAGCUAAAAUGGUUGUACUUGCCUCACAGAUGUGUGAGCAAGAAGUGGGAGAUGGAACAAAUUUUGUUUUAAUUUUUGCUGGGGCUCUUCUUCAACAUGCGGAAGAAUUACUUCGAAUGGGAUUGUCAAUACCUGAAGUGAUUGAAGGAUAUGAACAAGCAGGAGAGAAAGCUUUAGAUAUACUAAAAGACCUUGUUCACCGUGAAGUAAAAGACCUUCGUGAUCGAGAGGAAGUUGCAAAAUCUCUGCGCACAGCAAUCGCUAGUAAGCAAUAUGGAAAUGAAGAUUUUCUUGCUGGUUUGAUUGCGAACGCAUGUGUUUCAAUUCUGCCUCCUGAAAGUCUAAGCUUCAAUGUAGACAAUGUUCGCUCAACUAAAAUUCUUGGUGGAGGAGUGGGCGGCUCGAAGCUGAUCCAUGGCAUGGUGUUCCAAAGAGAAUGUGAAGGAGAUGUCACAAGAGUAACCGGAGCAAAUAUCGCUAUAUACAGCUGCCCUUUUGAUAUGCUGGCUACCGAAACCAAGGGUACAGUUUUGAUAAAAAAUGCCGAAGAGUUGAAGAAUUUUAGCAAAGGCGAAGAAAACCUUUUUGAAAAGUAUGUCAAAGAGAUUGUUGAUAGUGGCAUUAACUGCAUUGUUACUGGUGGAAAAGUGAGCGACCUCGGUCUCCAUUUUGCAAAUAAGUAUAAGUUAAUGAUUGUCAGACUGCAAUCGAAAUUUGAUCUAAGAAGACUUUGUAGAACUGUAAAAGGCACUGCUCUACCAAGACUGACUGCUCCUACACCCACAGAAACGGGCCAUUGUUCCAGUGUUUGCACAGAUGAAGUAGGAGACACAACUGUUGUAGUAUUCGAAAAGGCACAACAAGACAGAAGUGCUGUAUGCACACUUGUUUUGCGUGCAGCUACUGAUAACAUAAUGGAUGACUUGGAGAGAGCUGUAGAUGAUGGAGUAAAUAAUUUUAAAGUUUACACAAGAGAUCGCCAGCUUGUUCCUGGAGCUGGAGCCACAGAAAUAGAGCUUGGCAAGAAAAUUUCUUCAUUUGGUGAGUCAUGCCCAGGACUGGAGCAAUAUGCCAUUCAAAAAUUUGGUCAAUCUCUGGAAGUGGUCCCUCGUGCACUUGCUGAUAAUGCGGGCCUCAAUCCAACUAAAAUAGUGUCAGAGUUGUAUGCUGCACAUCAAGAAGAUGGCAACGCAGCCAUUGGAGUUGAUAUCGAGGAAGGAGGUACCUUGAAUGCUUCUGAGGCAUGUAUAUGGGAUUCCUAUCUGGUGAAAUAUUGGGGAAUACGUCUUGCUACGAAUGCGGCGAUCACUGUGUUACGAGUAGAUCAAAUUAUUAUGGCAAAGCCAGCAGGUGGCCCGAGAGCUCCCAAGAAGCAAGGCGACUGGGACAAGGAUCCAGAUGAAAACUAGACAUUAAAACGUGAAGGGUCAAGUGCUACCUGUGUCAUCUACCCGAAGCUGGUCCACAUCGAAAGUGUUUGUGAAUUAUAUUCUGGAUGUUUUUGCAUGAAUUUUGUAGAACUUUUGUAGUAUCGGACUGCUCAAAUAUAAAUCAGCUCCAUCCAUUUCUUCGAAUUACUAGGGAUGUUUGAACUUGA